UCCUUUGUUUCCCUUGCUGCUCCAACUAUUUCUCAUCUCACCUGUGAUCUUCGCCCCCUGGAUCUGCGACGAGCUGAGAUUCACUCGCCCAUAUCAUAUUUGACCUUCCUCUCUACCACUUUGCUUCCACACCCCAAUCAAAACGACACACGAAUAAUUCACCACAAAGGCGCUCAGGGUGACUCUGCUCCUUUGAUUACUCCCCGGUUUUCCACGUGGCCUCCUUAUCACGAAAAACGAGAUUGUGUCCCAUCAACAGGGUCCUUGAACAUAAGUUGACCCAAAUCGACGUCUACUUAUCAAUUACACUUUAUCAACAUUAACCUUAAAAAAAAAACUCUGAAGUCUGCGAACCAAAUCACACAGCCUCCCCUCACCGCACACUCAUCAAUAUGCCUGUGAAGCCUCGUUGCACUUUCAAAGAGUGUAAAGCCGCAGCCCAGCGGAUUGUUGGAGAUUGCGGGUUUUGCGACGGUCACUUCUGCGCGAAGCAUCGCCUCUUGGAAGACCAUAGGUGUACUGGCCUUGAAGAUGUGAGUUCUACUUCGCCCAAAACAGAUGGUCUUGAUAACAUGGUCUAUCACUCGGGCGGUUCUCCCCUCUUGACGUUGAGUGGCGACGGCGAUUUAGCUGAAGAUACCACUCAGUGGUGGCUUAUCGGGCUCGCCGAGUACCUCUCCGACAAUGACUUUUUAUCCUGAGCCAUAGUUUUGUGAUGCCCAAACAUUAUUGCACUUUGCUAACGUGAGUUUGAUUUUUCUUCUGCAUUCAGUGCAAAAAGGAAUCACACGAGCGCAACGCCGCACAACUCGAGGCCGAGAGGACCCAGGU